GUUGUCUUUUUGAUGACUCAGAGACAUUACCAUCAUUGUCCCCGAAUUGUCCGCGGACAAAAAGGGACGUCUUUUAGACGUCCCUGUGCCCUUUGGGUAGUUAUUACUUAUUAAUGACUAGUUAUAUUAAUUAAAAUAAAAAUUAUUUCAUUGGUUCAUAAAGGAAAAAAUCCUCAAAAAACUACGGAAAGGGAUUUUUUCAGUAAAUGUUUCCAACUGGAUUCACCUCAUUUUGGAAAAAUAUAAAAAUUUUUUCAAACAAAAUUUAAAAUAAUAUUAUGUUACUUAAUCGUCAAAUUGUAUAAAAAAGAUAAGUUCAUUCCAAGUUACAAUUCAAUAAUUUGUAAACUAAAAUUUAUUUCUAAUGUAUAUGCAUAAACAUAUUUUUAUAAACAUAAUACCUGCGUAGAAAAUGUAACUUUGCAGAUUGGCUGAGAGACAAUAAAAUAGUUCGAUUUCUCGACUUAGUGAGAAUCUAGUGGGAACCCUCCACUAAUACACUUUUGUACUUUUGAGAUUAUAUAUAUGGAUUCACAAGCCUGUAACCUAGACUUUUGUUUUGGAUCUCGAAAACGAAUCAUUCCUACUUAUGAAAAAAGUAUAAUUAUUUGAAUUCAAAAAUUAUUUAUACCUGACACUUUAAGUGUUCUUUAACAUUAUAUUAAAUUUCCGAAAAUUACUAACGAAGAGAAAAUGAUUUACGCCUGUAUUUUAUUUUGUGCACUCAUUGUCCCAAUAGAGUACACAGUUAAGGCCCAACAAUAUUUCACUGAUCAAGGAAACAAUGAAGAAUCUAAAGGGGAAGUUAUUUCUAUUAAACAUUCAAUUCAUAAAAGAGGUCUUCCUGAAUUAACACUCUAUUUGAAUAAAGGUGGCUAUAAUAAAAAAGUUAUUUUACAGUCAGCAGAAGGAUUUUUUGCUGGUAAAAAUACAAAAGUCUGGGUAGCUAAAAAAACUGGCAACAAUUUUACAUAUUUUCCACAAAAUAAUAUUAUGGACAAAGUAAACCUUACAUUUUAUCACGACCAAGAAACAAAAUCUGUAAUAGCUCAUACAGUAAAUGAAGAAGGUGUUUCGGAAUUCAACGAUUUUGGUGAAUGUAUGUUCCAGUGCACUAGAGAAGGUUUUUUCGGUAUUUUAAGGUUUUUAAAAAUUUGUCUAUUCGAACGAAACUUAACCGCAGAAGAUGGAUAUCCUUGCGGAAAUCAUAAACAUUGCUUCAAUGGGGAAUGUGUUGUUUUCAAACUUACUCCAAAUACUAAUAAGACAUCCAUCAAUUUGGGUACUGAUAUAUUUAGUUACAUGAAAGAGGAAAAAUUAAAGUUAACAUAAAAGGUUUCAACUCGAUAAGUGAAGAAUAAAAGGUACCUAAAGAUUUUUCCAAAGUCGAUGAAGAUGUAGAAGAAUUUGCGAGUGGCCUAGGUAUUUAUCUUUAGAAGACAUGUUAUCGUCCAGCGAUUUUUAUUCUAGGAGAUAAGAAAAUUAAUGUUUGAAAUAAAUUUUAAUUGAGAUUUAAUAUUUUUUUAUAAUAAUUGUAAUAAAAAGGUUGCAAUAAAUUUGAAAAUGUUAAAUAUUUAAAUAAUGAUACAUUUUUAAAGAAGAGAAAGGAUAGUUUGUGUUUUAAUAAAUGCAGUUUAACUACA